AUGCUAGAGGAUAAAUCAUACGCACAUAUCGUUUCAUGGGGAGUGACCGGUGAUACAUUUGUCGUUCACGAUCCUACAGAAUUUGCCAAAACAAUAUUGCCACAACAUUUUAAACAUAAUAACAUGGCAAGUUUUGUUAGGCAGUUAAAUAAAUAUGAUUUCCACAAGAUAAAAAGUAACGAUGACGAAAUAAGACCUUAUAGCGAACAGGCUUGGGAGUUUCAGCAUCCAAAAUUCCAACUUAACCGUAGAGAUUUAUUAGAAGAUAUAAAGCGUAAAGUUCCAACGCCACGCAAUAGACCAACACAAAAAGAUAAAAAUAAAUCUGAUGAGCAACAAGUAACUGAUGAAUCUUCACCGGAUGAUGGAACAAGCGGUUGCAGUACUGCUGGAAAUUCGGUAGCACCUGCGCCUCAAAGCAUCCACCAAGAUCUACAUUCACAAGUGGAAAAUCUUACCGAAUUGCAUGCCGAUUUGACAGGACAAGUCAGUGCUUUAUCAAGAAAUUGUGGAUCUAUAUUAGAAGAAAUAAUUACUUUUAGACGAAAUCUUGCUGCGCAAGAUGCCUUACUAAGUAAUUUGUAUCAGAUUCUGACCCAACAAUUAAGUCAAGAUCGAUCUCAAGAUCGUCUAUUUCACAACGAUUCGACUUCGCGUAACUCUUCAAUAUCUUUAAAUGUACAAUCCUCAUCUUCGCCUAAUGAGCAUUAUAAUAAUAGUAGAUCAGCUUCUACAUCUGAUAUGACGUCUUCAAUUUUGCACCUUUCAGGAAAUUUGGUUUCUCGCAAUAUUGAAGACGUUCAUUCCAAUUUUAAUCUAAUGGGUGCAUCUGACAGAAUGCAAUCUCAUCAUACUCAACAAUUACCUGUUUCUCCAACUUCACCAUCAUCAACAACAAGACCAUUAUUGCCUACAUUGUCAUCCUCAACAAUUUAUUCCCCCAUAAAUUUAUCUGAUGAUAUAAGCAAUGAUCAAACAAUUUUAUCCUUAAAUAGCCCUGUAAAUUAUAAAUCUUCAAUAUCGAUUGAUAUGAGUCAAGUAAAUACUGCAAAUAUUCCUGUUAAUUUUAAUCUUCAAACUGGGACAAUAGCCACAUCUCCGAUUAGUCUGGAAACACAAUCGACAUAUUCUCAACAAUUCACUUCUUCAAUAGGUGCAUUCGAUACAUCACAUAUAAAUGCACCAAAUGUUAGUCAAGCUCCCUACGAUCUAAAUCAGUUACAAUUACGUCAAUUCCUUCCAGGAUCUCAGACUGCCACUACUCCCUCAAACGCUUCACCAACAAAUCGAAUUUAUGUCCGUGGGCGAUCUUCAAUUUCUGUUCCAAGCACGCAUAAUUUAAGUGAUGAUGACAAUG